GGGAGUCCAACAUUAGCUAAGCCAAAAGUUACAUGGUGUGGUUCCUCUCCAGAACCAUCAAACGAGGAUGAAGAAGAUGCUGAGACAGAAGCUGGACCUUGUGAGCAGAGCACUAACCCUGCAGUUGAUGUCAAGCGUUUUCGAAGGAUGGUUUCAAACCGGGAGUUUGCUCGACGAUCUCGAAGAAGGAAACAAACUCAUUUAGCUGAGCUGGGGUUGCAGGUUGAACAACUCAUAGGAGAAAAUGCAGCUAUGUACAAACAGCUUUCAGAAGCUACUCAACAGUAUCGUGAUGCUGAUACGAAUCAUCGGAUGCUGAAAUCGGAUGUUGAAGCCUUGAGAGCCAAGGUGAGGUUGGCUGAAGACAUAUGGUAG